GGCAUCAGAGCCGAGGGACGGGAGCCUGCGACGCCGCUGCAGAUCAGGGCUGAGUAUCUCGCCUCUCUCCCUGAUGGGAUUCCCGUCCACGCCGUCUCGAGCCUGCUGCGCCCCAGUCCUCGGCCCUCGCCCAGGUUCGCUGCAGCUGUUCAGAGGUCCCCAAGAGCUGCUGCUUGCGAGCCUGCUACUGCAGGGAUCUAUGGAGCCAUUCCGUAGUGCCAUCCAGAGCAACGCACUGCCGCAGCUCCUCUGAGCAUUUCCAGCAAGUUUGUUCAAGAUUGGCUGUCAAGAAUCAUGGACUGUUAUUAUAUGCCUUGUUUUCUAGACACCAUGAUUCCUGGUAACCGAAUGCUGAUGGUCGUUUUAUUAUGCCAAGUCCUGCUAGGAGGCGCGAGCCAUGCUAGUUUGAUACCUGAGACGGGGAAGAAAAAAGUCGCCGAGAUUCAGGGCCACGCGGGAGGACGCCGCUCAGGGCAGAGUCAUGAGCUCCUUCGGGACUUCGAGGCCACACUUCUGCAGAUGUUCGGGCUGCGCCGCCGCCCGCAGCCUAGCAAGAGCGCGGUCGUCCCGGAUUACAUGCGGGAUCUUUACCGGCUUCAGUCUGGGGAGGAGGAGGAGGAGCAGAUCCACAGCAUUGGUCUGGAGUAUCCCGAGCGCCCCGCCAGUCGGGCCAACACCGUGAGGAGCUUCCACCACGAAGAACAUCUGGAGAACAUCCCAGGGACCAGCGAAAACUCUGCUUUUCGUUUCCUCUUUAACCUCAGCAAUCCAGAGAACGAGGUGAUCUCGUCCGCAGAGCUUCGACUCUUCCGGGAGCAGGUGGACCAGGGCCCUGACUGGGAGCAGGGCUUUCAUCGUAUAAACAUUUAUGAGGUUAUGAAGCCCCCGGCAGAAGUGGCGCCCGGGCACCUCAUCACACGACUACUGGACACGAGACUGGUCCACCACAAUGUGACACGGUGGGAAACUUUUGAUGUGAGCCCUGCAGUCCUUCGCUGGACCCAGGAGAAGCAGCCCAAUUAUGGGCUAGCCAUUGAGGUGACCCACCUCAUCAGACACGGACCCGCCAGGGCCAGCAAUGUCAGGAUUAGCCGAUCGUUACCUCAAGUGAGUGGGGAUUGCCAGCUCCGGCCCCUCCUGGUCACCUUUGGCCAUGAUGGCCGGGGACAUGCCUUGACCCGACGCCGGAGGGCCAAGCGUAGCCCCAAGCAUCCACAGAGGGCCCGGAAGAAGAAUAAGAACUGCCGGCGCCACUCGCUCUAUGUGGACUUCAGCGGUGGCUGGAAUGACUGGAUUGUGGCCCCACCAGGCUACCAGGCCUUCUCUUACUGCCACGGGGACUGCCCCUUUCCACUGGCCGACCACCUCAUCACCAACCAUGCCAUUGUGCAGACCCUGGUCAACUCUGUCAAUUCCAGUAUCCCCAAAGCCUGUUGUGUUCCCACCGAACUGAGCGCCAUCUCCAUGCUGUACUUGGAUGAGUAUGACAAGGUGGUACUGAAAAAUUAUCAGGAGAUGGUAGUAGAGGGAUGUGGGUGCCGCUGAGAUCAGGCCUUCCUUGGGGACACACACACACAAACACACACACACACGUCCCAGCCACUACUCACCCACACACUACACAGACUGCUUCCUUAUAGCUGGACUUUUAUCUUAAAAAAAAAAAAAACAAAAAAAAAGGAAAAAAAAAUCUAAA